AUGUAUUUCCUACAGAGCUUCACGGCUCUCUUGAGUGCUUUUAUUUGCCUAAUCGGUUUGUCCGAUGCCUAUACCAAUCCUAUUCGCAACCCCGGCGGCUCGGAUCCCUUCCUAGUCUAUACGGGAGGGUAUUACUACCUACUCACAACGACUUGGACCGAUGUCGAGAUCUCUCGAGCAACAAGCAUAGAUGGCCUCAAAACGGCAACCAAGAAGGUUGUAUACUCCACUACCACGACAUCGCGUUGCUGCAAUGUGUGGGCUCCUGAGGUUCACUACCUAGGUGGAGCUUGGUAUAUCUAUUAUACGGCAGGCACCAGUGAGAACCUCGACGGGCAGAGGCUUCACGUACUCAAGGGCGGCGCCACACCUUGGGACUCCUACACCUACGCCGGACAGCUGACAACAGAGUGGUCCAUCGAUGGCUCCGUCCUGCGCUUCAACGACUAUGGCGAGUGGCUUAUGUUCUCGUGCUUCCACGGCGUGACAUACCAGUCCAUCUGUAUCCAGAAGCUCUCGUCAAGCUACACCUCGCUCACAGGCUCCAUCUACGUCAUUUCCCAACCGACGCUCUCCUUCGAGAAGAACGGCACCCCGGUCAACGAGGCCCCCGCUGCGCUGUACUUCAACGGCAAGACGCACAUUGCCUACGCCGCGUCGUAUUGCUGGACGCCCAACUACUGCAUCGGCCUGCUCACCUGGGACGGCUCAACGGCGCCGUACCUCGCCAGCGCGUGGAGCAAGAACAACGGCUGUGUGUUCUCCAGCGCCAACGGAAACUACGGCCCCGCGAGCAAUGGCUUCUUCCAGAGCCCCGAUACGCAGCAGACGUGGCUUGUGUACCACGCGACUAGCAACUCGGCCGGCGCGUGUGAUAACACGAGAUAUACAAUGGUCCAGCCUCUGAGUGCGAAUAGCAACGGCGGUCCGAACUUUGGAACUCCAGCGGCAUUCUCACAGUCUUUUAGCGAGCCUAGUGGGUGA